AUGGCUUCCUAUCUGCCAGACCUCUGCGAGGUCAACAUCUCCCUGUAUCUCAUUCCCGUUUUCUGGAUGAUUGCCGUCGCUCCCCGCUUCUGGGCCGCGAGCGCCUUCGAGUCCAGGACAAGCGAGAAGAUGGACUCGCGCAUGCCUCGCGAUUUCGUCAAGACCAUUGAGAACCACGCCUCCCUCGACGUCAUCGGCAAGGGUCGCCUUCGCCGCGCAGAAGCCGCAGUCGCCAACUCGUUCGAGAAUUUCGGCCCAUUCGCCGCCGCCUGUAUCGCAGGCAGCGCCGCAAAAGUCGACCCGGCUGUCCACAACAUGCUCGCUAUCAGCUAUUUGCUGUCGAGAAUCGCGUACUCCUACCUGUACAUUCGGAGCGACACCCYGCWAAAGGCCAAGGCUAGAACCUUUGCCUACUUGGUCAGCAUGGCCUUACUCUUCACCAUGUUCAUCAAGGCUGGUGGAAAGUUCAAGCAUGGAAAUUUCUAG